AUGGAAGAUGCCACAGACGGCAUCAACGGCGAGGCAGCCGCACCCGCGGCCGGCCCGCAGGCGUUUGUGGCGCAGUCGUUCGAGCGCGCCGGCGUCGCCGGGCGCGCGCACCAGAUCGACGCCGUGUCCAAGCUGCUGCUCGCAGUGCAUGACGCCGACGCAGCUGCGUCCGAGGGCGCCGCCCCGUCCGACAACUUGAUCGCCGUCAGCCACGGCGUGCCCGCGGCGGCGCCGGUCAACGCGCGGUCAAACGUUGCGUCGUCUUCAGCGGCGCCGGCGGCGCGCAACUACCUGCUGCAGCACUCUGCCGGCAGCGGCAAGAGCCUCACCAUCGCGGCGCUCGUCCACGGCCUACUGGCCUACAAACCGGCGGCAGGCAGCGCCGAGUGCAGCCGCGCCUGCGCCGGCGGCUGCGGCUGCGGCGGCGGGGGCAGGGGCGGCGAGUUUGGCGCGGUGCUCGUCGUGAACGACCGGCUGCAGCUGGAUGCGCAGCUGGGGGACACCAUCGCCUCCUUUCUGGCUGGCAAUGGCCACCCGCCCGGCGCGCUGCUGCGCGCGGGGAGCGUGGCUGAGCUUGAAAGGCACCUCUUGACGGGCGCGGCCGCGGGCGGCGUCGGCGCGGAGGACGGGGAUGGGGCCUGCCGCCGGCCUGUGGUUGUGCUCACCACAAUCCAGAAGCUGGCCGCCUUGGCGCGCCGCGGCGCCGCCGCGCGUGCGGGCGGCGCCGCCGGCCGCAAGCGGGGCCGGCCCGGGGCCGCCGGCGGGGACUCGGGAGACGAAGACGAGGAGGGUGAUCGCGGUGGCAAGCCGGAAGCGACGCUCGGGGCGCUGCGGCAAGCCAGGCUGGAGAAAGCCGGCGGAGGCGGCGGCAGGGGCAGCGUGUGGGGCGGGCGCGUCGCGGUGAUCUGCGACGAGGCUCACCGCCACCACGGCCGAGGCAGCUCGGACGCCAUUCACUCGGUCCUCUGCAACCUCGGACGCCUCGGCCGCGCGCGCGCCGCCCCUGGAGCUCGGCGCAGCGGUGGGAAGGGCGGCGCCGCCGGCGCGGCGCCCGCGCAAGUUGAGCAGCCGGCAUGGGUCAGCUACUUCGGUUUCACGGCGACGCCGCAGCCGCGGGCGCUGCAGAUGUUUGGCGUGCGGCGGUCGGUGCUGCUCAACGCGCUCGGGGACGUAGAGGCCGUCGUGGACAGCGGCGGGCAGCAGCAGCAGCAGCAGCAGCAGCAGCAGCAGCAGCAGCAGCAGAAGCAGCAGCAGCAGGAGGACGGCGCGCCCGACGCGGACGCGGACGCAGCGCCACUCGUGCCCGCAGAGCUCUUCGCCCCAUUCCACUCGUACACGCUGCACCAGGCGAUUGCGGACGGCCACGUGCUUGACGCGCUGCGGCGCUUCACCGCUCUGACCCCGCGCCUGGAGAUCAGCGGAGUUGAGCUGCUCGCUGCAGCGGCCGCCGCCGCCGCCACGGCCGGCGGCGGCGCGGAGGGCGGGAGGAGGCAGAAGCAGCAGGAGGUUGAGCAGGGGGAAGGGGACGGGGAGGGGGAGGCGUCGCCGGCGCUGGCGGAGCGGCUGCUGCUGGAGGCGGCGAACAACAGCCGCGCGCUGGUGGAGGCAAAAGCGGCCGAAAUCGCGGAGCGCUUCGUCUCCGCCUGGCGCGCAUCUUCUGGGAGAUUGAACGGCGACGGCGGCAGUGAUGACGAUGAUGACGACGGCGGCGGCAGCGGCGGCGGGUUCGCGGCGCACUUCCGCGGGAUGGUGGUGUGCCGCAGCCGGCAGCACGUCGUGUGGUUCACGCUGGCGCUACGGCGGGAGCUGCUGCGGCGCGAGGCGGAGGUGCGGCCGCUGCUGCGGACGCAGAGCGUACGCGGCCCUUGCGGCGCGGGCGGCGGGCCGGCGGGCGACGGGGAGCGAGGCGGCGACGGCCGGGCGGCGGAGGUGGAGGCGAUGGUGUUUGGUGCCUUCAGCGGCCGGGUGGGCGAGGCCGAGGGCGACGGGGCGCCGGCGCCGGCGCCGGUGGGGGCCGGAGGCGAUUCGCAGGAGACCCCGCUGCCGGCGGCGGCGGGCAGCGGGCGAAAGCGGCGGAGGGAGCAGGGACGGUCCGCGUGGGACGUGGCUCUGGCGCAUUUGGAUGGAAUUGGGCAGCAGCAGCAGCAGCAGCAGCAGCAGCAGCAGCAGCAGCAGCAGCAGCAGCAGGAGCAGGAGCAGCAGCAGCAGGAGCGAGAGGAGGCGCGCCAAGAUAAGCAUCAGGCGCGAGCGGCGGUCGAUGCAGAUUCAGAGGAGGGGGUAGAGGAGCAGCUGCAGCAGCGGCGGCCGCGAAUUGGGCGGCGGCGGCGCGUGCAGGAGCGUCCCAUGAGCCCCAUUACGGGGGUGGCGGCCCGCCGCACAGUUCUUGUGAACAGCAGCGACAUUGUGAGUGAGGGAGAGCCAGGGAACAAUGGCAGCGGCAGUGACAGCAGCAGCGGCAGCGACAUCGACAGCGAUGCUGGGAGUGACAUCAGCAGCUUUGAGGGGAGCGGCAGUGACAGCAGCAGCGAGAGCGGCGCGAGCGACGACGGCAGCGAUGCAGAGGGGCCGGGGGAGGGCGAGGACGGGAGCGGCGGCGGAAGCGGCGCCAGCAAUCGACAGCCGCCGGCAGGCGCGGACGGCCCUGGUGGCGCACAGCAAGGCAGCGCCUCACAGCCGAGCAGCGGCGGCGGCGGCGGCGGCGAUACGGCGGCAGGGCCGGCGAGUGAAUGGGCGGCAGGGGGCGGGGCCGCGGAAGUGACGGAAGCGGCGCUCAACGGCGGCCGCCGAAACCCGUCCGCGGCGCGGCUGCUGGUCGUGUGCAGCAAGUACGAGACCGGCUACGACGACCCCCGGCUGGCGAUGAUGUUCGUCGACAGGCCCCUCGCAGGGGCGCGCGCCGUGCAGGUCUUGGGGCGCCUCUCGCGCCCCGCGCCGCGCCUCGGCAAGCCGCUGCCGCAGGUUGUUGACUUUGUGAAUUCUGCUGAGGACCUGCGAGAUGCUGUUGCCGAGUUUUACCUGGAGACGACGCACUGCACGGCCAAGGCGGCCAGGCGCGCGCGCCAGCUGCGGCAGCUUGAGGCCUGCGUGGCGCGCAUACUCGAGCGCCUGCAGGCCGCCGCGGCGCGCGAGGGCCCCAUGGCUGGCGGCCUGGCUGGCAUGAGCGCCGGCGCCGCGGCGGCGGCGGCGGCGCGGCGGCUGGGGCCAGAGGCGGUGCGGCGGUUGGAGGAGGAUGUGUCGGCUUAUGUGGCGCUGUGCGGCAUGCUCAGAUCAGACUGCCUCGAGCUGCCCCUGCCGUUCGCGUCCGCCUUGGCCGGCAGCCUCAACGACGCGCGCCGCCGCGCUGAGCGCGCCGCCGCGAGCGGGCGCUUUGCCUGGAUGGAGCAGCUGAUGUCAUCUGGCGCCGCAUCGCCGCCUGCUGGAGAGAAAGACGCGGAGGACGUGAGUGGAGGCGGCGGCAGUGGCGGGGAGGUGAAAGAACAGCGGCAGCAGCAGGGGCAGGAACAGGGGCAGAGCCAACAGCAGGAACAGCACCAGCAGCAGCAGCAGCAGCAGCAGCAGCAGCAGCAGUCGGAAGGGCAGCAGCAGCGGCAGGAGGCACGGGCCCUGGCCGCCAGGGGCCUGGGCGUGCAAGUGAAUGUGCGCCAACUGGAGGAGACCUUUUGCGGCGCCAUCAGCAUGCACACGGCGGCCGCCGCGGGCGCGCUCGGGGGCGCGGCGCUGGGCGGGAGCCUGCGCCCGCUGCCACGUGAUGCAGCCGGCCCAGCCCGCCGCACCGCGGCGGCGGCAAAGCGCCGCGGGGCCAUCAAGGACGGCCCGGAGGCGGCGGUCGAGGCGGGCCGGCCGCUGCGUGAGGUCAUCGCCGCGGCCAACGCCCGGCUGCGCGGCUGGGCGGAGCGGCGCGCGGCGGCGGGCCUCGGGCAGCUGUGCUCCGCGCUUGAGCGCGCCGCGGGCGGCCCGGCAACCAGCAGCGCAGCCGAGGCCGGCGCCGCCCCGGCGGGCGGGGACGCGUGCGUGCUGCUGGCGCUGCUGCGGCGGCUGCUGCUGUGGCCGGUGACGGCAGAACUACUCAAGUUGACAGCGGCGGGCAAGCGCGUGGCGGCGCUGAGGCGGCACGCGAACCCUCAGGUGUCGUCGCUGGCUGCAGAGGUCGUGGCCUGCUGGCGGGCCCAGGUCGAGGCGGCCGCCGCCGCGCAGCGUCGGCGGCGCGAGCGCGCGGCGUCCGGCGACGCCGCGGCCGGGCAGGAGCGGGGGCCUGCUGCAGGGGCGGCGGGGAGGCGAGCGAUUGCGGCAGCUGCUGAUGCCAAGGCGGCGACGAGGGGGGCUUCAGCCGGCGACGCAGCGUUGCGGUCAAAGGCGCUGCGGCUGCUGGUCAACUCCCUGGAAGAGCACUGCCGCAGCGCAGCCGAGCGGCAGCAGCAAGAUGGGGCAGCGGCCCGGGCGGCCGCGGCCAAAGGAGAGCUGUCUUCAGAGAAGAGAGAGCGCAUCACGUUGCUGGCAGAGCAACUAGAGGCUGCCCUGCACAAAGUGGCGCUUGACAGCAGCAGCGGCGGCGGAGGGGGCGGCGGAGGAGCGCUCGACGGGUGGCGGGCGGCGUACUCUGCGCGCGUCAAGGCGGUCUCCGCCGCGCUGCGCCACGCAGACGGCGUCGCCGCGCCGCUGCUCUCCGGCGACGCCGCCCCCGAGGCCGUCGCGCGCAUGGGCAGCGACGCGCUCGCGCCCGCCGGGGCGCGCGCGCUCGCCGAGGCGCGGGCCGCGCGCGCGCGGCGGCAGGAGGAGGCGUGGGAGCGGCUGAUGGCUGAGGGCGGGGUGGGGGGUGGGGGAACGCACGUGAGCUACGACAGGGAAUGCCCCGCGUGCCGCGCGCGGCGCGCGCAGGUGCACGUCGUGCUGAGCGGCGGCACGUAUGCUAUCGAGCGCUUCGAAUUCCAGAAGUGCUGCUGCCUGGACUGCGGGCACACGUGGCGCGUCGACCUGUGA